AUGCCUCUUCCCCGCGACCUCCAAGGGCUAAAUAUUGUGGUCCUGAACUCAAUCAGCGAUGCCCGGUACGAUAACUCCUUUUACAACCUGGCUCCGGGUACGGAGACUGAGAUAAAGCCGGGAUCCUCCUGUGUCGUUUAUGCAAUCCCUUAUCCUAAACGGGAUGGUGAACAACUAGCUUGCAAGAAAAUGAAAUUCUCAGAAACAAGGCGGGGAUUUCUGACCCGGGUAGCCAAAACCGAGCUUGAGCUUCUGGACAACAUCGCAUCAUGGUAUAUUCCGUUCAUUAAAGCCGCCUUCUACGUUGAAGGCGGUCAGUCUCUCCAGCAAUCUUCACCUGGCCAGGAUAAGGAAGAUCCUGCCCUUUAUAUCAUCCUGGAACCUUGGGCUAAAUUGUCAUUGGAGGAUCUCGUCAAUGUGAUGCUGUAUGGCGAAGAUGCGAAGGCCAUCGCGCCUUGGGAUCCGCUUGGAAACCCCGAUAUAUGGCCCCAUUUCAUCGGGCACUGCCUCGGAUUUCUAACUACUUUAUGGAUAAUCGACCCCACAUAUCUGGAGUCAAUCAUAAACAUGGACUUUGAAGAGGCAUUUGUUCGCCUCCCAAGACUAGCUGUUGAUAAGUUUCAAAAGGUCAGGCAUAAGGACCUAAAACCAGAACACCUGAUGCUUAUGUGGAACGAGAAUGAGGGUCUCACACCUCUCAUCAUCGACUUCGGCAUUAGCAAAAUUCAUAGGGCUGGGGACCCUACAGAGCACGAAGGCAGCCAAAGAUACUUAGCACCGGAACAAAUACCUGGAAAUAGUCCUUCGGAAAAAUCGGACGUUUUUUCGAUGGCGUGCUGCUUCACUUUUAUUGAAGCAAUGCUUCACUCUGGCACAACUGGCGUUCGUCAGAUUUUCGAAGUUGCCCUUUCUGAAGAUAGACGCUUCCGAGACAAUAUUGAGCAUAUAAAUGGUAUUUUGAACGGAGACCCGACCGUACAACUAAGCCCGAGAAUGGAAAAGUUUCGACUUGAAUUGCGGGAGCUAGUGGAGUCUAAAAUGUUGGUAUAUAAUGUAGACGACCGAAGUAAUGCCGGUGAGGUUUUUGAAGCCUUUAUAGAGAUUCAUAAGAACUAUGAGAACGGAACUUGA